AUGUUGACCGACAUUUCUCUCUACCUUGCCGACAGACCUCUACCUCCACCCCUACCCGCCGCUCAAUUCACCACUCUUAGUACCGAUUAUACCGACGACUUUGAAAAAACGCUCAUCGUCCACGCUGAGGAUCCGGAAGUUUACGAUUCGGGGAAUAGACUGAGUGUGUUCUACAAACGCAACAAAGUUGAGGCCAACACCGUCGAAAACCAGAUCUUGGACUGCGACGAUUGGCAAGACAAGGAGGACAAAGUUCUCAAGAUUUUCCAUGACGUUUUUCCGACAAUAUCCGUUUUUUGCCCCACGGUGACGCGCAUCACGGUCGUGACGGUGGAUGGGAAGCUCACCACGAGCCUUAGCGAAGACACCGACGAAAUUACUAUUUACCUCCCUAUUCCUCCCCAUCUUUCGCAUCUACCCACUGUGCCGAUCGCUGAGCUCCGGAAAGUGGAGGCUUUGCACGCCGAUGUCGAUCUGGUGAAGUGGCAGAGCGAGCCCUUCGCUUUCAAAAAGUCUGUCGAAGACCCCGAAGGAACGAUCCAAGAGCUCACCAUCUUGGAUAAGUUGUCGAAUUCGCCUAAUAUCAUAGACGUUACCGGGAUAGUCGUCAAUCAAGACAAAACCAUUCGCGGUUUUUUGAUGCCGUAUAUUCCAGCUGGGAAUCUGAGAGUUUUGUUUGAAAGAAUACGUAAAGAUGAAGGUGUGGCGCACGACCAACUUAUAUUGGACUGGUCAAACAAGCUUAGGUGGGCACUUCAAAUCGUACAAGGAGUUGUCGAUUUGCAUUCCAUCGCAGCAUAUAACGGGGAUUUGAAGCCGGAGAAUAUUGUCGUUGCGCAAGAUGGUCAAGCCAUCCUCAUUGACUUCCUACCCAUGGGCAUCUCCGAUAUGUUUGCGGCGCCAGAGCUCUUAGAAAAAUGGGAUGACCAUGAAAUUGAGUUCAAAUCAAUGUUGACGCCCCAGGCGGAUAUAUAUUCGCUUGGCCUCACCCUUUACGCGCUGACGCAGGAGAACGGAAUGGUUGCACGCCCACCGGUCUGGAGAGAAGGGAGCGCGCCUGCUUGGUAUCAAGGUGUCGUGCAAAGGUGUCUUGAGGUGGACCCGUCUGCCAGGCCAUCUGCUACUGAGGUGUUAUCUCUUCUGCAGAAAGGGUCGUCGUAG